CCACCGUCUGUGUCUCUCUGGCUAACAAAUUGAUAUAUUGUUUUGUUUCUCCACCAUAAAAACCCUAUCAAAACCCUAAUCUCAAGUUCCCAAGUAUUGAUAGCCACCACCACCAACCCAAGAAAUGGCCAAAAAGAAAAUGACCCAUCAACACAACCAUGGAAACCCAACUCAGGAGAGGCAAGAAAUUGACCAAGAACAGAGCUUUACACAAGCCAAACCCUUAGACCAUCAGGCCUCCAUGGAAGAUCCAGUGGAGAAGCUGCAGAAUCUGAAAUCUCUCAACUCUUUGCUUCUCAAAGAGACAUUUGAGCGCAGGCAGCAGGUUGAUUCUCUGGUUCAGGCGAAGGAGGCACUUGAGUCUGAGUUGGCUCGGGUUGGUGAUGAAAGGAAGGUGCUUGAGGCGGAGUUGAGUGAGGGGAGUGAGAAGAAUCUGCGGUUGGAGCUGGAAAAAUUUUUGCUUUGUGUUUAUGUGGAGACCCAGAUGUUGGACAUGAGGGUUAGUGUCGAUUGGUUGGUGAAGGAGAAGACUGAGAGAGAGAAUGAGGUUGUGUUCUUGACGCGUGAAGUGAAGGGGCUAAUGGGUAGUCUUGAAAAGGAGAGAGUGAGAUUGAGCCAAGUUUGUCAGGAGAGAGACUUGGCAAAGAGUGAUCUUGAUGUUCAGAUUAAGGAGGCAAAGAGAUUAAAAGAAAGGAUUGUUGCAAUUGAGAAAAGAGAGAAAGAGGUCGGAGAGGAGAUGAAGAAGCUGGAGGGUGAAUAUGAAAUGUUAGUGAAGGAAAAAGAACGGCAAGAAAAAAGAAUUAAGGAGGUCGUGAAGGAUAGAGAUUUGGUGGGAGAGAAUUUGAAAUAUGCGGUGAAUGAAGUUGGGGGCUUAAAGAGAAAGAUUGAGGUGAUUGUGGAGGAAAAGAAAGAGAUUGAGAAUGAGAAAAGCAUGCAGAAAGUUAAGAUUGAUAAAUUAGAGAAGGAGAUGGAGAAGCAGAAAGGGAUUGUAAUGGGUUUGAGGAAGGAGGAGGAUGGGUUGCGCACCAAGGUUUUGGAGUUGGAAAAUAGUUAUGGUGAGGCAGUGCAGAGGGAGGCAGAGAGGGCAACAGAGAUUAGUACUCUUGUGCAAGAGAAGGGGGAGAUGGAAAAAACUAUAGAGAAGUUAAUGGAUGAAAAGGAUUCUGCUUCACGAACAUUGGAGAUGCUAAUGGUGGAAUCAGCUGAUAAGCAGAGGAAAGUGGAGAGGUUGAUGGAGGAAAAUGAUGAAUCUAGAAAAGCUCUGGAGAUAGAUGAGAAACAAAUAAAGGAAGGGGAGCAAAAGAUUAUGCAGUUACUUGGAGAGAAAAAUGAGGUUGAGAGGGUGAAAGUUAGUUUUGAGAGUGAAAAUGUUGAGUUGAAAAAAGAAUUGAGUCAGCUAAAGGAUGUUGUGUCUAGGCUGGAAAAGUCAUGCGGGGAUAUUGAAGAGAGGAACAAAGUCUUGUCGUCUGAAAUCCAUCAUUGUACAGAUGCAUUUGAUCGUGUAGCACUCGAGAAAGAUGAUGCUUCAAAAAGAUUGGCUGAGGAGAAAGAAAAUGGAGUGAAACUGAAGUCAGAAAUCUCAGAAAUGGAGAUGAAGAUUGAGAAAAUUGCAGGGGAGUUUGGACAGAUUGUGAAUGAGAAGGAGAAACUAAUUAAGGAAAAGAAGGAGAUGGAGAGUCAACUGAAAUUGUUGAGCACUGAGAAAGAUGGGUUUCAGAAAGAUCUUUUGGAGGCAAAGAAAAGAAUAGAUGAUUUGAAGGCUAAAAUGGAAUCAACCAGGAUCAAUUAUGAGAGAUCAUUGAGUGUGCUGAAGAGCACUACAUUUCUGGUUUGCCAAUCUCCAAAUUACAACAACUGGGAUGCUAACGAAGAAGUGGCAGCUUCUGAACAGAAACUUGAAGAUGAAAUUGAACCAUAUUCAGCUCAGUUAGAAGCAAUCAAAAAGGCAUUCAGGGACAAAGAGACAAUGGUUGAAGACAUGAAGCGUGAAGUUGAGUUUAUGAAAAUCUCCGUGGCAAAGGCAGAAAAAAGGAGGAGUUUUUGGACUGUGGUGUCCUCGGCAACAACCAUUUUUGCUGCAGCAUUUGUUGCAUAUGCUGUAAAAUUGCGUUGAGUGGUUGGUUUAUGAAUCAAUUUUUGUUACCAGGAAAGAUGCUCAUGCUUCUAGGACUAACUGACAAAUUUCUGUUUAUGGAGUCUCUCCUUGGGUCCUUUCAGAUUUCCUUCUAGACUCACAUAAGAUGUUUUCCCUUUUUUUCAUGCUCAAAUAAACUUGGAUCAGGUUC